AUGGAGGGAAUCCAUCGUGCGGCGGAGUGCGGGCAACUCACGCACAAUUUGUGUGGGGUGGUUUUUGAUCACAAGUCUCACACUGUUGCACUCGACAGCAAGUGUACCGCCAAUCUGCGGGAUACACGUGCUGUGAGGAUGUGGACGGUGACGGAAUUGGAGGAGCCAGAGUCUCGUUUGCUGUAUGCAGCGAGGCAAUACUUGCGGUUUGGUUGGCCAAUUUUACUUCUUUUUCUUCAAGUCAGUGCGUCGACAUGUAUCCACCUUAAACCGCGGUUUACUUUCCUUGUUUUCCUUGGCUGGUCUUCUGCGGUGGACCAUCGGUUUGGGCCGUAA